AUGAAUGCUUUCGGCCAUCUAAGAACACGGAUCCAGCGUGCGUUCUCCUCAUCCACGAAUACGAACAUAAAUUCUAAUGGACAAGAAAGCUUUUCAAUAUCAAAUAAUCAUUUUUCUUCCUAUUACCGUUUUAAUCUACCUACGGAUCGUCAAACAAACUUAGAAACAUCUUUACAUACUUUACACGACCAUGAGAAUUCAAUCUCUCAAUCAACAACUGUCAUCAAUUCAAAUCAGAGUCAUCCAGAGAUCUUAUCCAAUAGUUCUAAACGUACACUACGAACUAUUCCUGGUGUUUUCUGUCCAAUUGCUUUAUCGAUGUUAGCAAUUUCAAUCUUUAUGCGUAUUGGUUUUGUUCUAGCUCAUGCAGGUGUUUUUCAAACAUUACUCCAGUUGAGUCUUUGUUUUGUUAUUCUUUUUUGUACUCUACUAAGUAUUUGUUCAUUGUCAACAAAUGGAGCUAUUGAAAGUGGCGGAGUUUAUCAUAUGAUAUCACGUGCAUUGGGACCAGAAUUUGGUGGAGCUAUUGGUGUACUAUUCUUUUCUGCACAAGUCAUUGGCAAUGGACAAAGUGUUGCUGCACUUGUCGAAGCAUUAGUCGAUAGUUUUGGUCCUGGAAGUAAAGCCAAUAUUUUCUAUAGUACACGUUGGUGGAGAUUUCUGUAUGGAACUAUAAUUAAUUGUCUAAGUCUGUUAACAUGUCUACUUGGUUCAUCGUUGUAUUCAAUGGCUGCAUUUUCGAUAUUUAUUCUCGUUAGUUUUGUCUAUCUUAUGAUUGUGAUUUCAUUCUUUAUUCGUGGUCCACAUCUUGUCCUCAUACCUAAAGUGAACAUCUAUGCAUAUCAAAAUGAAGAACAGAUUUUUAAUAAAACUGAUCACUUAUAUGGACAUUAUACAAGUUUUAAUUCGUCUACAUGGACCGGUAAUCUUUAUGCUAAUUAUACGAUUGAUUAUACGACGGGAGAUACAACGAAUUUUGUCAGUGUGUUUGGUGUCCUCUUUUCAAGUAUUAUUGGAUUGUUAUCCGGAGCAAAUAGAGUCGAAUGGGGUGGAUUGAAUAAUCCAAGUCGAAGUAUUCCAACUGGUUCAAUUUCUGCCACUCUCUAUGUAUUUGUUAUUUAUAUUAUUGAAACUCUACUUAUCGCUGCAACAACAGAUCGAUAUACUUUAUUGAACAAUUAUUUAUUCUUACAAGAAAUUAAUAUCUGGCAACCUUUUGUAAUCAUCGGUAUUGUAUUUGCUGUAUUUUCAGCAUGUCUAUCAGGAAUAAUCGGUGCAUCGCGAAUAUUACAAGCGUUGGCAAUCGAUGAAAUCUUCGGACCAUUAUUACACUGGCUCAAGAGAGGAACUACUCGCUAUGGAAAUCCAGUCGCUGCUGUGCUCGUUACUUUUGUUCUUGUCGAAUUAACAUUAUUGAUCGGUUCUCUGAAUAAAAUAGCUCGUAUCGUAACCAUUUUCUUCCUUCUCGCUUAUUUUGCUGUUAAUCUCGCAUGUCUGGCACUCGAUUUAGCAUCGACGCCCAAUUUUCGACCGACAUUCAAAUACUUCUCAUGGCAUACAGCAGUCAUUGGUGCCAUAGGAUCGAUUAUCAUGUGUUUUAUCGUCUCAACAACAUUAGCUUCAAUUGCCAUUGGAAUUCUCACAGGUUUAAUAGCGAUCCUACAUUUAAGAGAUUUUCCUGAAGCAUCAUGGGGCUCCAUAUCUCAGGCAUUAAUUUUCCAUCAAGUACGAAAGUAUCUUCUCUUACUUGAUCCACGCAAAGAACAUGUGAAGUUUUGGCGUCCGCAAAUCUUGUUACUUGUUUCGAAUCCACGCUCAGCGAUUAAUCUGAUUGAUUGUGUGAACGAUAUGAAAAAAGGCGGACUGUUUAUCUUGGGUCAUGUUAAGAAGACGUCUACAGAUGACGAUAUCGAUGAUUCCUGUUCACGAGAGUAUCCACAUUGGAUAUCAUUAAUAAAACAGAUGAAGUUCAAAGCAUUUGUCGAUAUGACAGCGGCAGCAAGUAUUCGUGAUGGGGUAAUGCAUCUGAUGAGAUUGUCAGGUUUAGGUGGACUACGACCGAACACAGUUAUUCUUGGUUUUUAUGAUGAGACCGUGCCGGAAGAUAAAUUACACAGCCGCUCAUUUGCGAAACGACGAUGGCUGACAGCAAAUCUCUCGGUAUUUCAACGACAACGAUCGACGAGUUCAAAUAUUUAUCAGAACUCGGAAUCCAGUUCUACUUCGGACAUCCAUUCGACAUUGCAGUUUGCAAAAUUACGAGAAGAAGAUGAAGAAAAACAAUUGGAUAUUCUGACAUACGUUCAAAUCAUUAAAGAUGCACUUCAUCUGAAUAAAAGUGUUUGCUUGGCACGAAACUUUAUUCAUCUACAAAAGGAUAAUCUUGAAUCAAACGAACGAAAAUCUUUCAUCGAUAUUUGGCCAGUUAAUUUCAUCUUUCCCAAAACAUCAACACAAUUUGAUAUUACAUGUCUCUACAUGUUUCAAUUAGCAACUAUACUUUCUAUGGUUAAACCGUGGAAAACGCAUGCAAUCUUACGAGUUUUUCUUUGUAUAGAUGCGGUCAAUGAGAAUGCGCUUCAUGCACAUUAUUACCUUGAUGAGUUGUUAAAACAACUUCGUAUCAAAGCACAAACCCGAAUGAUUUCUUGGGAGAACGUUACUAGUCUUUUACACAAUUAUACAUCAGAACUUGUUGCUAGCGUAACAACAAACUCUACUGGACAACAAUCAACAACAGCAGUAGCGUCCGAUUCAUUUGUUGACGUGAACGAUGAUUACAUUCGAGGUAUUAAUGAACUCAUUCGACAACAAAGCGAUAAUACAUCGUGUCUCUAUUUGUAUUUACCACGACCGCCGCGUGACAGAAGACUUUCACAACGUUAUAUGCACGUUUUAGACAUGCUAUCGAAAGAUUUACCACCAUCUAUGUUUGUUCAUGGUGUUUCAUCUGUCACAUGUACACGAUUGUAA